UGGUAUUGGAUGCCCCGCGACUGCUGCCGGGCAUGGAAGACCCCGCCGAACUGUCUUUGCCUCUCAGUACUUGGCUUCUAUGGGAAUCCAUCCAAAAGUCGGAAAGCCUCCCCCAUUCAAUCUAAUCUUUCACUAGCGGGUGCUUAACCACUUCUAUGAAGCCAUCUUUCGGGAAGUCUUACUCACAUGCCUUUCUUUCGCUCACAUCUUCCAUCUUCCAUCGCUACAGCAUCAAGCUAUAAGGUAGCUUCGACAAGACCUCAAGCUACAGCUCUUACAUCAUCAUAUCCAUACGUUAUCGCUAUCGUGGAGGUAAAAUAACCACACAGCUUUUGGCUAUAAGCAGCUCCAACCCUCCCCACCAAAGGCGUGCUUGGUUCCGAGUCACUUUUCCCGCAGCUUGAUGACAGCAACAGCAACAGCGUCGUAAUCAGCUAUACACCUCUCAAACCAGGCCAAGGCAGCAACAUGGUAGCUUCAGAACUCACCGCGUCUGCUAGAGCUAUGCGCUCCACGCCCGUCAGUGGUGAUGAGUCAAGCUCGAGCUUACCCAAGCCCCUCCCACCUUUGCGAAACCGCGCGGCUGCUAGCCAGAGUCCAUACAUCCGGGGCCAGGCUGAAAGCUUGGUUUCAUGGCAGCUCUUAGACGAUGAGGCAGUCGAGCGUUCGCGCAAGGAGAACAAGCUUAUCUUCCUGCAUAUCGGCUACAAGGCAUGCCACUUUUGUCGACUCAUGUCGAUUGAGACCUUCUCUAACCCCGACUCUGCCUCUGUAUUGAAUGAGUCUUUCAUACCAGUCAUCGUCGAUCGAGAGGAGCGCCCCGACCUAGACGCCAUCUACAUGAAUUACGUCCAAGCUGUCAGCAACGUUGGCGGAUGGCCCUUGAAUGUGUUCCUUACACCCAAUUUGGAACCUGUUUUUGGUGGUACCUACUGGUUCGGGCCCGCAGGACGAAGACAUCUCAGUGACGACAGCACCGAAGAAGUACUCGACUCUCUGACUAUCUUUAAGAAAGUUCGUGAUAUUUGGAUCGAUCAGGAAGCCCGAUGCCGAAAGGAGGCAACCGAGGUUGUUGGCCAGCUCAAGGAGUUUGCGGCUGAGGGUACCCUGGGUACAAGGAGUAUCUCGGCACCCUCAGCUUUAGGUCCGGCUGGAUGGGGAGCACCAGCCCCGAGCCAUGCGAGCACUGCCACGGAGAAGAGCACUGCAGUUUCAGAGGAGCUGGAUUUGGAUCAGCUGGAAGAGGCUUAUACUCAUAUCGCCGGCACUUUUGAUCCUGUUUUCGGUGGAUUUGGCUUGGCACCUAAGUUCCUGACACCACCCAAGUUGGCAUUUUUGUUGGGGCUUCUGAAGUCUCCAGGCGCUGUUCAGGAUGUUGUCGGAGAGGCUGAGUGCAAACAUGCCACCGAAAUUGCGUUGGAUACAAUGCGUCAUAUUCGUGAUGGGGCGCUGCAUGACCAUAUCGGAGGCACUGGAUUUUCGCGAUGCUCCGUUACAGCGGAUUGGAGCAUUCCUAACUUCGAGAAGCUUGUGACUGACAAUGCGCAAUUACUCUCCCUCUAUAUUGACGCGUGGAAGGUCAGUGGUGGAGGUGAAAAAGAUGAGUUCCUGGACGUUGUUCUUGAGCUUGCUGAGUAUCUUACUUCGUCUCCGAUUGUUCUGCCUGAGGGCGGUUUCGCUUCAAGUGAAGCCGCCGACUCCUAUUAUAGGCAAGGUGACAAGGAGAAGCGCGAGGGCGCCUAUUAUGUCUGGACGCGGCGAGAAUUCGAUUCAGUGCUUGAUGAGAUUGAUAGCCACAUGAGUCCUAUUUUAGCGUCCUAUUGGAAUGUCAAUCAAGAUGGAAAUGUCGAGGAGGAAAACGACCCCAACGACGACUUUAUUGACCAGAACAUUCUCAGGGUUAAGAGCACCAUCGAACAAUUAAGCACCCAAUUCAGCACGCCCGUGGAAAAGAUCAAAGAGUAUAUUGAACAAGGAAGACGAGCUUUAAGAAAGAGAAGGGAACAAGAACGUGUGCGACCUGACCUGGAUGACAAAAUUGUUGUAGGCUGGAAUGGUCUCGUGAUAUCAGCUCUUUCCAAGGCAGCAUCGUCGCUGAAGACACUGAGGCCAGAACAAAGCUCCAAGUGUAGGGCUAUCGCAGAGCAGGCGGCUGCAUGCAUCAGGAAAAAGCUUUGGAAUGGCAAUGAGAGAAUCCUAUACAGGAUAUGGUCUGGAGGUCGUGGAAACACUGCCUUUGCAGAUGAUUACGCCUAUAUGAUCCAAGGUCUCCUGGAUCUUCUCGAACUGACAGGAAAUCAAGAAUACCUGAAAUUCGCAGACAUUUUACAGCAAACCCAAAACUCGUUGUUCUAUGAUGCCGAUGGCGCCUUUUUCAGCACUCAAGCCAAUAGUCCUUAUACAAUUCUCCGCCUCAAGGAUGGCAUGGACACGUCAUUACCAUCAACCAACGCCGUCAGCGUAGCUAAUCUAUUCCGCCUUGCGAACCUGCGUUCGAAUGACGACUUGGCAGCCAAAGCUCGUCAGACGAUAAAUGCAUUUGAAGUCGAAGUGGUGCAACAUCCUUGGCUCUUCCCUGGUUUACUCCAGGGUGUUGUCACAGCUAGAUUGGGCGGAGAGACGUCGAAAUGAAAUGUUGAAUAUAAACAGCCCAGGAUGGCGAUUUUUAUCAAAGUGCCUAGGAACCUAGGAAAUAAAGUGCACGAGUUGUUGGAGUCGGCACAGUCAUCCCAAGGCGUUCAAGGGACAGUCGGUAUAAGGAAAAGAGGAGUUCUGAAUAGCGCAUAGCAUUCUAGGAACUAGUCGAUGAGUGAAAUUGAAUACAUGAUAAAUGUAGACUGUAAGGUCUUUGCUACA